UGUGUAGAAAAAGAAGACUGGAAUAUGUUCUGCUUAAUCAACAAGUCUUUGAGAUUGUAUUCGAGGAAAUGAGGAAAGGUGAGUGAUAUAAUAAUCUGUGAUGUUUCUCUCUUCUCAGGUGUUCACACACUCCAGUGGAUGUACGGCUGUGAGCUGGAUGAUGGCACCAAACGAGGAUACAUGCAGUAUGGUUAUGAUGGAGGGGACUUCCUCAGUCUGGACUUGAACACCCGCACCUGGACUGCUGCUAAAGAUCAAGCUGUGGCUACCAAGGUUAAAUGGGAUUCCACUGGAGCAUACGCAAUGCAGCAGAAAGGAUAUCUGGAGAACACAUGCAUCGAGUGGCUGCAGAAGUAUGUGGGUUAUGGCAAGGACACUCUGGAGAGAAAAGUCUCUCCUCAGGUGUCUCUGCUGAAGAAGUCUUCCUCCUCUCAAGUCGUGUGUCAUACUACAGGAUUUUACCCCAAAGAAGUAACAAUCUCCUGGCAGAAAAAUGGACAAGAUCAUUAUGAGAAU